AUGUCGAUGGAUGGUCUGGAGGCUCAGCCCAAAAACUUGGAGUCGUUGGUCAACAUCCCGUUCCCUAGCACGCUGCGAGCUAUGCAAUCUUUUCUCGGCAGCUUGAACUACUACCGUCGCUUCAUUGAGGAUUUCGCGGUGUUGUAUGAGUUAAGAGAAUUGGAUUUCUUCGAGAUCGGCCGAUCUCAGCUUGCAGCAGGAGACGAAUGCUCCAACGAGGGUCGAUGGACGGAAGCCAAGGUUGCUUUCACUAUGCUAAAAUCUAAGAUAGCUACAGCUCCCAUGCUCAAGCAUUUCGACCCAGAUCGGUCCCCCGUAAUCGUGGUCUACGCUAGCAAGUGGGCUGUCUCAGCGGCCCUGAUACAGGAGUACGAUGGCGUGUACCAUCCGGUGACGUUUACGAGCCGCACUUUAAAGCCUAAUGAGCUUAACUACGGAACGGUAGAAAAAGAAGUGCUGGCGCUACUUCGUGUGUUGGAUGUAUGCUAUACUACGCUUGCCUCGCGGGAGAUCACUGUACUGACCCGACAUUCUACGUUAGCGUGGUUGAUGCAAUCUCGAGGGCUCAACGGGAGAUUAGGACGAUGGGCUGCUUUGCUGUCGAACUGGACUAUGGAGUUGAAGAGGUGCGAAAAAGGAGAAGAAGAGAUUUUGGGCAUGCUAGCAGCGAGUAUCACCCCGAGAGAAGAGGUGCAAGAGAUGCUGAUUGCGAUUUCCCCCCGAAAGAACUGCCGACUCAAAAUAUCGACGCCUCCUCCAAUGGUGGAAGCAGACGAGAAGUUGCUGGUGGCCAGUUUUGAUGAAUCGGCGAGGAUAAAAAAGAAAGGAGGGUCGUACAGUGCUGUGAUAUGGAGGUUACCCGAGUGGAAGAUCGUGGCGGCAGAAUCCAGAUACGCUCUCGACCUCACAGUGAAUGAAGCUGAGUAUCAUGGCUUGCUACUAUGCUUCGACUUACUGGCCAAUCUGGACAGGGGAAGAAUAACAUUUUGUGGGGACUCUAAUAUGGUAAUCCGCCAGAUGCGCGGUGAGAUCGACUGCAAAGCCCCGGGCCUACAACUCUUGAAGCAUAAAGCGUUAGAGAAAUUGCGAUCUUGGCCUAGUCACGAGUUUCUGCAUAUGAAGCGAGAGUGGAAUCAGAGCGCAGAUCGACUAGCCAGCACAGCAUUGCAGAGCGAAAAGGGACGAACGGUUGUAGCUGAAGAAGAUCGGCAAGAUCUGAUGACUCUGAACCGUCUCGAUGAAUUGUUGAAGCCCAAGCAAGAUGGUCAGCUGACUCGGAUAACUGUGAUCACGAGAUCAGCCGGGAGGAUACGUCAUGAACCUGAAGUGAUACAGGAGGAGAUAGUACAGAGGAUCAGGAUUCAACGAAUUGUCCAAGCUCAAGAUGAAGAGCGUUGGAUUGUCAAUUUCAAGAAGUAUCUACGUGGCGAUGUAUCAAACUUGGACGCGGGAGAAGUAAAGAUGUGCGCAAACUGGCGCCGGAAUACGAGAUGA